AUGUCGGCAUUUGUAGACGUCUUGGGUCUCAAUCCUGUGAACCCAAGCAUCCCCGAAUCUCUUCACCAGGCUUGUCCCUAUGCAUCCUCUCUUGCCUCGUCGGCGUCCUCGUCUGCGUCGUCAGUCUUUUCUCUUGAUGUCUCGUCCCAAACUUCGGCUGCCUCUUCCUCUUGCGCAUCUUCAGAUGCAAUUUGGGAAAACAAGGUACCAGUCGACAUUCAAGAGAAAAGGGCUGCCGUAGCGAACGAUGCCGCUUCCGCAAAGGCCCGCUUCAGCAAAGUCGGGGAGACAGAUGUCUCAACGAAUCUGAGGCAGCACCCGCGGCGCACGGUUGCUACUCGCCCUCCACCUACCUUGGUUCGCCAGUGCGAAAGGAAAACCAACUUUGUUGAUAGUCUUGUUGACUCUGCGUCUCAGAUAGUAGAGAUCAUUUGGCCCCUCUCAGCGGCUGCCUCGCAGAGAGGGGUUGAGUCGGCCCUUGGAUGUAAAGGAGUGCUACCUCUGAGGACGUUCAUUCAAGAAACUCUCCGCAGGUCGCGAACCAGUUACUCCACUCUGCAGGUUGCCCUUUAUUAUCUGAUCCUGAUUAAGCCACAUGUUCCCAGUAUCGACUUUACCCUGGAACAGCCCAAGCUGCAGCAGUCACAUUCCCGCGCUAUGCAAUGUGGCCGACGAAUGUUCCUCUCUGCUUUGAUUCUUGCUUCCAAGUAUCUGCAAGAUAGGAACUACUCCGCCCGCGCAUGGAGCAAGAUAUCGGGCCUCAACACAGCAGAGAUCAAUCAGAACGAACUCAUGUUCCUGCAAGCCGUUGAUUGGCGGUUGCACAUCUCAGAUGCCAUCUUCCAACGCUGGAACGAUAUCGUUUUGAAGUAUACACCAAAUGCUAGUGGUAUUCCUAGCGCCAGUGGCAUGUGCUGGCGAACAGUCAUUCCCAUCCUGACCCCCCAGCUUGACACGCUUGAUUGUCAAAUUGAGGGUCCGUGGACAGUGUCAAACGUUGGCUCUCCAGCAGAUACCGCCACUACACCUAGCAGUCCCUCCAGCUGCGACAGUCCUUCUUCCAGCCUCUCAUUUUCUGAGAUACCCAGAAGACCGUCGGCAGUUGACUUGGCAAGCGUCACCCUACCACCGCUUCCAAGGCUAGGAUUGCUUCCUACCCCCCAACUCACCCCACAAGUCAGUGUGACUGCACGUACUCCUGCAGUGAGUAUCAACGCUUGCCGUCCAUCUAUCUGCUCUGCUCUUUCGCAGGCCCAGACGGCCUUUGUACAACGGACCACCCUGGACCAACGCCCUACGCAACCCUUGUAUAUUAGCAAACAACAACCUUCCUUUGACUACCCCUCAGGAUCGUUCCAGGGCCGCCGCUCGUCCCUGGCCCGCUCAUCGUCAUUCACUUCCUCUCCCGAGUCUUUAGCUUCUGAUGCACCGUCUUUAUCGUUCUCCUCCCGAUCUUCUCGAUCGUCUCGAUCUUCUUCAAUUUCUUCUGUUACAUCUAUGAACUGCGCAAUCCGAACAUCUCGUCGCAGCACCCCUACUUCCCAGCCAAACAACUGUUUGAAAGAAAACAGGAAGCCUCUCGCUAUUGCUACGCCAAUUGAUGAGCAUGAACCAAGCUAUAACACAUACCCCUCUCCACCUCUCCGUAGCUCUAGUGCAGCCAGUGCGGUUCCUGACCUGUCGAAUUUUUCCAUCGACACUCCUUCCGACCCAGAUACCGCUGCCAUCCAAGGACUAUAUGAGCUAGCCACAGGCUUCCCACUAUCGCUAGACUGCACUACCCCAUCUCCAACUAAAGGCGGCCGACGCUGCCGAAAACGCACUCGCGCCCCAUCCACAUCUGAAGGGACCAGCCUGCAGCAGAAAGUGCGCCAUCUCAUGGCUCUUGAUGCGCGGGAUCUCGAGGAUGAUAGCACUCCACUGGCUGUUUUGAGUGAUAGCCAGGUUGCUGACUCGUUCUUGGUCAAUAAGGUUACUGGUGUGAGUGCCAACGGAGUUAGUUCAAAGCGUGCUUGCUGCGGUAAGGAAAACGUCAGGACACUAUGGGGCAUUUAA